AUGUCCGCCGACAAGGUUUUCCAUUCGCGGUCGCAAGGAAUCCCUUCCGAGGGUGUCAAGGACCAGUACGCGGACGGGAAGGCCGCGAGGAUCUGGAAGAAGUACAUAGGCGACAGCAACCAGAGGACGCAGAACUACAAGGACUUCCUGUCUGGACUCCUCAGGAGGCACAACUGCGUCAGGGUGCUCGACGCCGCCUGCGGUACCGGCAUAGACUCGAUGAUGUUGGUCGACGAGGGAUUUAAAGUGGUAUCGGUUGACGCCUCCGACAAAAUGCUGAAGCACGCGUUAAAAGCUCGAUGGGAGAAGAGAAAAGACCCGCGGUACGACGAAUGGGUUAUUGAAGAGGCUAGCUGGGAGACGCUGCCGCGCGACAUAAAUUCCUUUCUGCCCGGCGCUAAGUUUGACGCCGUGAUAUGCUUGGGCAACUCCUUCGCCCAUCUCCUGGACGAGUACGAGGACCAGAGGACGCAGAGGAUGUGCCUGGAGAACUUCGCCAAGGUCCUGAAGCCCGGCGGUCUGCUGUUCAUAGACCAUAGGAACUAUGACGCGAUGAUAGACAGCGGAGCCACCCCUGGACACUCCAUUUACUACAAUAGUAAAUACCCAGUCGAUAUCAAGACAUCGGUGCUUGUGGUGCGAGGCAAACCGGAACUGGUCGCUCUGGACUACUGCAUAGACGCCACUGCCAAUGGUGAAAUUAGUGAAAGGAGCGAAUUCCGUCUCUGCUACUACCCGCACAAAUUGGACAAAUUCACUGCGAUGCUAGACGAGGCGUUCGGCAAUAAGGCCAAGCACAGCAUCUACGCCGAUUUCAAGGAUCUAGACCAGGUCAAGGAGCCAGCCUACUACAUCCACGUAAUGGAGAAGCCACUCGAC